AUGUCGAUCUCGGGAGUUUACGACUACGAGAAGCCCCGGAAAAACGCGAUGACCCAACCCGAGAACGCGAAGAGGCAAAUCAAAGGCUUGAAGAUGCGGCCCAACAACUCCGCGAAGUCACCCAACGACUACAGACCCCGCUUCAACCCCCAAGUGCCGAUAUGUACAGCCGGAAGCCAGAAGAGGGGAGGAUAUUUGCUGGAAAAUGGAGGCAGAAUAUUGAAUGGACAACAACAACAGCAACAAUAUCGACACUCGAAUACGAUUCAAAAUAUCGAUGAAUCGCCAUCUGCGGCCUCUUCUGAGCCACGACCAAAUGGUCAUACACAUCAACAUGAAGAGGAACCGGUGGUGGUUGAAGAAGCGUCGUGUAUGGUCGGAGCCGAGGGAGGUGUGGUGACAUGCCCGGGGAGCCGAGUCGAACUCCGCAUCCCAGCUGGAGCACUACCCAUUGGCCAAAAACACGAGAUAUACGUCAGGGUAUGCCAAGAGGGAUCAGUCCUCCCACCCAUCGAUCCGAGCCGCGGGGAGACCCUCCUGAGCCCGUUGGUCAUCUGCGGGCCUCAGGGAUUGCAAUUUAACAAGCCGGCCGAGUUGAGGUUGCCUCAUAAUGGGUCCGUCUCAAACGAUCAGUGGCAAUUCUCACUAAAGACUGGAGAUGGCGGUAGAUGGACAAAUGUCGACAUUGACAAAAACACGGGAAUGGCCUCCCAAGAGUUCCUCUCCGUGCCGAUCCACUCCUUC